AUGCAGAAGAACCCGCAAAGCGUGGAGAAGGGAAAGUUUCCCCUCGAGCUGGUGAUAAGCAUAGCCAACUUCCUUGUUGCUGCUGCACAGAUCGGAUACAAGAAAUUUGGAGAAGCCAAAGGAGACAGUCUUGCAAAGUUCUCAAAAUUUGUCACCGCAGCUGUUCUUCUAGUCCCGAUCUUCAAGAUCCUUCACCAGCUGCGCAGAUUCGCAAAGGAGGAGGGGGGCAGAAAGAUGAACAGGAUUAAGAUCCUCUGCAUGGUAGUAUACCUAUUGGCUCUCUCGUCUGCCAUUGCAUUGCUCUUUAUCAAGCCCGACCGGUUCGACAUCGAGAAACAGGCCAUGGCAGUGUCUAUGGCGUCGCUGCUGGGAAUGGUUGUUUCAAGCUCGCUGCUGGACUACAAGCGUCUCCCCAAAGGCAACUAUGUCGACUACUUCAUCAUACUCGCCUCCCUUGUCUUUGCUGUCAAGCUUGCAACGCUUUUUCCACCUCUCAGCAAUCAUAAGAUGGCUGUCGAUAUAGCACAAUCAGUCUGCAUGGCCGUGGCGCUCCUUCUUCCAGUCGUGCAUAGCCUUCUCUCCCCGCAUAACAUCUUGGAGCCCGUCUCUCCAGAGGACUUCGCUAUGUUCAACACCCUGAGUAUGGUUAUUCUUGUUCUUGGUAUUGCCAUAGUAGCAUUCCCGUACAUACAAGAAUGGCUCUCCAACAGAAAACCCAGCCAAAGUUCAGAGAGCAUGGAUACACAUACCUCGGAUCCAUCCAAAUCUUCCAAAGGUCCGUAUGAAGGACCGCAGAAGGAGCUCGAAGGUAUUAAAGAAUAA